AUAUAUACUAUUCGUGUAACUUGGUUUGAAACAGAGGCAUAUUAGCUACCUAGUUUGCCAACUGUGAAGUAUUUCAGAAAGGGUCCCUUUUGUUCGCCGUAGAUGAAGUUGGUUUAACUGUAGCUAAUUGACCCAGAUAAAGUUUUUGUUGUAGGAUAGCUUUGUCUUUCAAUUGUAAUGGUUUAUCCAUGCAGAGCCACUUGAGGGUUAUUUGGCUACUGUAGUAGUAUAGCCACCUCGAUAAUGACAUCAACUGUCAAAAGUGAUAGAGGGGUUUAUCAAAAUGACAACUUGUCUGUAUUCGUAUGUUCCCGACAUCGAUUUGCCAUUGGCUGUUUGACGGUAGGUUAGCUAUAAAUGACCCCAUUGGGCAAAUUAAUAGUCGCUUGUGCAAUGUGUUUUUCUUAUUGGCUCGUAUAGCUUUGUCAUCUGUAGGUUAGUGGGUUGUGGAGUUGAAAUGAGGAUGCUUGGCCAGACAGUUGUAGGAAGCGGCGACAUCGGCUAGUUCAUGCUUUGAAAUGUUGCAUACCUUAAUCUCAUUCAGAAAAUACAACAAUGUUUACCGCAGAGAGGAUAUGGAAAACUCGGGGUUUUGCAACGACAACUACAACAGCGGGACUAGUGACGAUGACAUGGUGGAUAUUAGCGGCGCUACCUUGGAUUUCUCUGAUGACGUGCCCCAAAUCGAGGGUGACCACUUCGGCGCAGUGUCCAGUAGCGGCGGGGUCACUAACGGGCAAGCCAAGCUGAUGGACCUGCUGGACGAGGCCGUGCCAGGGGUGGGCACCUACGAGGACUUCAACACCAUCGACUGGGUCCGGGAGAAGUCCAAAGACCGCGACCGACACCGAGAGAUUGCCAUUAAAAGUAAGCAGUCCUACUGGGCUCUUCUCCACAGUGUGAAUGAUGCCUUCUCAGGCUGGCUGCUCAUGCUCUGCAUAGGCCUCAUGUCAGGUGCGCUGGCGGGUCUCAUCGACAUCACGGCGCACUGGAUGACCGACCUGAAGGAGGGCGUGUGUCUGGACGGCUUCUGGUUCAACCACGAGCACUGCUGCUGGACCUCCAAGGAGACCACCUUCCACGAGCGGGACAAGUGCCCCCAGUGGAGGAGCUGGGCGGAGCUCAUGGUGGGGGUCAGCGAGGGGGCGCCAGCCUACAUAGUAAACUACCUGAUGUACGUGUGCUGGGCGCUACUCUUUGCUUUCCUGGCUGUGUCUCUGGUGAGGGCCUUCGCUCCAUAUGCCUGUGGAUCAGGAAUACCAGAGAUCAAGACCAUCCUGAGCGGCUUCAUCAUCCGGGGGUACCUGGGCAAGUGGACGCUGAUGAUCAAGACCAUCACGCUGGUGCUGGCCGUGUCCUCGGGGCUCAGCCUGGGCAAGGAGGGCCCGCUGGUGCACGUGGCCUGCUGCUGCGCCAACGUCCUGUGCCACCUCUUCGCCAAGUACCGCCUCAAUGAGGCCAAGAAGAGAGAGGUUCUGUCUGCAGCCGCAGCCGUGGGGGUUUCUGUGGCGUUUGGAGCUCCAAUUGGAGGAGUCCUCUUCAGCCUGGAGGAGGUGAGUUACUACUUCCCCCUGAAGACUCUGUGGCGGUCCUUCUUCGCCGCCCUGGUGGCGGCCUUCACGCUGCGCUCCAUCAACCCUUUCGGCAACAGCCGCCUGGUGCUCUUCUACGUGGAGUUCCACGCGCCGUGGCACCUGCUGGAGCUGGCGCCGUUCGUGCUGCUGGGCGUCUUCGGCGGCAUCUGGGGGGCGCUCUUCAUCCGCGCCAACAUCGCCUGGUGCCGCCGGCGCAAGACCACGCGCCUCGGCCGCUACCCCGUGCUUGAGGUGGUGGCCGUCACCCUGGCGACGGCCGUGCUGGCGUUCCCCAACGAGUACACGCGCAUGAGCGGCUCCGAGCUCAUCUCGGAGCUCUUCAACGACUGCAGCCUGCUCGACUCGUCCAAGCUGUGCGACUACGUCAACCAGGACGCCGCCAACAUCACCAAGCCCAGCAACGAGCUCCCUGAUAGGCCGGCGGGGGCAGGGCUGCACAGCGCCCUCUGGCAGCUGUCCCUGGCACUGCUCUUCAAGAUGGUGCUCACCGUGUUCACCUUCGGCAUGAAGGUGCCCUCUGGACUGUUCAUCCCCAGUAUGGCGGUGGGUGCCAUCGCGGGGCGCCUGCUGGGCGUGGGCAUGGAGCAGUUGGCAUACUACCACCACGACUGGCCGCUCUUCAAGGGCUGGUGCUCACAGGGGGCGGACUGCAUCACGCCGGGCCUCUACGCCAUGGUCGGCGCCACCGCAUGUCUGGGUGGCGUGACGCGCAUGACCGUGUCUCUGGUGGUCAUCAUGUUCGAGCUGACGGGGGGCCUGGAGUACAUCGUGCCCCUGAUGGCCGCCACCAUGACCAGCAAGUGGGUGGCGGACGCGCUGGGCCGCGAGGGCAUCUACGAGGCGCACAUCCGCCUCAACGGCUACCCCUUCCUGGAGGCCAAGGAGGAGUUCGGGCACAAGACGCUGGCCAUGGACGUGAUGCGGCCGCGGGCAGGGGGCCGGCGCGGGGACCCCCCCCUCGCCACGCUCUCGCAGGAGGGCAUGACCCUGGGCGAGGUGGAGGCGCUGGUGGGAGGGACCAAGUUCAGCGGGUUUCCAGUGGUGGUGUCACAGGAGUCGCAGAGGCUGGUGGGGUUGGUGCUCCGAAGAGACCUGCUCAUAUCAAUAGAUAACUCGCGUAAACACCAGGAGGGUGUGGUGAGCGCGUCCCGGGUGGUGUUCAGCGACCCGCCGCCCCCCCAGGUGGAGAACGGCCCCCCCGACCUGAAGCUGCGCUCCAUCCUGGACCUGAGCCCCUUCACGGUCACGGACCACACGCCCAUGGAGAUCGUGGUGGACAUCUUCAGGAAGCUGGGGCUCAGGCAGUGCCUCGUCACGCACAACGGGCGGUUGCUGGGCAUCAUCACCAAGAAGGACAUCUUGAAACACAUGGCACAGAUGGCCAACAGAGACCCAGACUCUAUCCUCUUCAACUGAGACACACACACACACACACACACACACACACACACAGACAUCCCACACACACAUACACACACACACACACACACACACACACACACACACACACACACACAUCUUCAUCCUCACCAUCUCUCCUGGUUUUUCCCAUGGACGGGGAUGGAUGACUGUUGGAUCUCCGUGUGUGUUUGUCAUGGAAAGGAGACCGGGCGGGAGUGUGAAUUCCGUCUCUCCCCCAAGGCAAAGCACUUACCUGGGCAUGACUCUCCCUCCACCCCCCCUCCCACCCCCCGGAUGAUCCUUAUCUUUCUGAAACUGAAGUCCCCUGAAGCUACAAGGGCUACUGGUGUGAAGAUGGACGAGCAGUCAAAAGUUUACACAAGCCCGGGACUGAGGACUGAUCGGAACUGUAUGAAGUGUGUUUGCGUGCGUGUGUGUUCAUGCGCGUGUGUGUGAGGAAGGGGAAUUCGCACCUCAACACAACAUUA